CUGGUUUCUAUAUCAGCCGUUUUUAAGCCGCUGAACCUCUUCUGACCUUUGUCCAUUCUUCCUGUAAGCAAUUGGUCGAAUCACAUAGCUGUGUUUAUCAGAGCUACCAACCCUGGAUAAACCGCGCCAAUCCCAAAGAUUCGAAACUCGUGAAAGGCUGCAGCCGAGGUGGUUGGACAAAGGAAAACCGGUUGCCACGGGGAUUGGACAACUCAUCGCCGGAAAAUAUGCAGGAGGCCUACGUCAACAUCAACUCCAUUCCCACCCACAUAUUCACAUGGGGCAGGUGGAUUGAGGAGACCAUAUCCGAGAAGGAGAUCGUCAUCUGCAUAACCGGCAAUCCCGGUUUGCCAGGUUUCUACACAGAGUUCGCGGGCACUUUGCAGAAGGAGCUGGGCGAUCUUCCAGUUUGGGUGAUAGGGCACGCUGGCCAUGAUGAUCCGCCAGAGGCCAGUAUUCGGGAGGUUCCUCAGCUCAGCGGCAACGAGGAGCUCUUCAAUUUGGACGGACAAAUCCGUCAUAAAAUCGCCUUCAUCGAGAAGUACGUUCCAAGUGAUGUCAAGAUCCACUUGAUUGGGCACUCCAUCGGAGCGUGGAUGAUCCUGCAGCUGCUGGAAAACGAGCGGAUACGGAGCCGCAUCCAAAAGUGCUAUCUGCUCUUCCCCACCGUCGAGCGGAUGAUGGAGUCGCCCAAUGGAUGGGUGUUCACCAAGGUGGCCAUGCCCCUGUACUCCGUGUUUGGCUACAUCUUCUUCAGCUUCUUCAACUUUCUGCCCGUGUGGUUGCGCCUGAUACUGAUACAGAUCUACUUCUUGAUCUUCUCCAUUCCAAGACAGUUUCUGGGCACCGCCCUAAAGUACUCCAAGCCAUCGGUAGCGGAGAAGGUGGUCUUCCUGGCCGACGACGAGAUGGCUAGGGUUCGCGGCAUUCAAAGAGAGAUUGUAGAGCACAACCUGGACCUCCUCAAGUUUUACUACGGCACCACUGACGGAUGGGUACCGAUCUCCUACUACGACCAGCUCAAAAAAGACUACCCCAAGGUGGACGCCCAGCUGGACACCAAGAAGAUCGCCCACGCCUUCGUCCUGCGCCACUCGCAGCCUAUGGCGGUAAUCGUAAGAGACAUGAUCCAGCAGCAUAGACGGGGUUGAAGUCGAUUGUUGACCUGGCCCAGACAAUCAGCCCUGUACUACCUAAUCCACCCAUGCCAACAGACUUGGGAAUCCGGAUUAGGCUUGAACAGCAAACCAAUAGCAAUUACUCCACUGCCUUUGUGUGGCAAUUAGUUCGUUUUUAUUAGUAUCUUUUUGCAGCUCUCGAAGGAAACUCUAAAUAUAGUCAAAAGUGAUUUAA